AUGGCCGCCUCCACGCCCAUCCGCCCCGCCCCCACUGCGAGCUCAAGCUCGGCCGCGGGGACAGACUGUAGGGCCGGGCGCGCCUCCGGCUGUCGCAGCACGCGACUCGAGCUCACCGCAGAGCAACUCCUCGGACCCUCACUCGCACCGCCGCCCUCCUCGUCGCGCUCCCGCUUGAAGCAGUCAAAACAUGCACCCCGCCCUGUUACCGUCGAGCAGCUCCUCGGUACGAGUCUCACCAUGGCCCCCACCCGCUCACGGCCGCCUCCCCGGCCGCGCCCCAAGAGCCCCCCGCAUCCCGUCCUGCGCUCGCCUCGGUCCAUGUCCACGCUCCACGCCUCGUCUUCGUCGUCGCCAUCGCAGAACCCCCGGCAGAUCCGCGUGACGGCGGACGAGGUGCUCCGGACGGGCAUGCCGCUCCGGACGCUGCAGGUGGUCAAGGCGCGGGCACUCGAAGGCCAGGUGUCGCCCGACCCGCUCGGUGCGUCGGGCAGCAGGAUCGGCUCGCCUCCCCCUGCACGAGCGUCGAGCUCCGGUUCUGCCUCGGGCUCGGGCUCGGGCUCCGUCGUCGUCACUCCCAGCUCGCGCGCGGCACGCCCGAGGACGGCCGAGGAGCGCAGGGGGACCGGCCAGCGCAACGACGGGGAGCAGGAUUCCGCAUUCCCCUGCGUCGCCGGCGGCGGCUGGCCGUGCCGUGCGCCCUUCCACGGCAGGCGCAGCGGUUACGACGACGCCCAGUGGGGCGACGACGCAGCCAGUCGCUACGAAUGGGGUGGCUACUCCUACUCCUGCCGGUGCCCAAGGUACACGACCGAGCCGGGCGAGUCUGAGGUGGUCAUUGGCCGAGGCGCUCCUGAAGGCGAAGACCACAAUGACAUGACCCCGGUGGACGAGGAUGGGCCGGGUGCGUCGAACAACACCAUAGACACGCUCGAUCCUAGCCCUCCGCCUCGCUCCCCGACGGAACCCGUCUCUUCGUCCCCGCGCCUGCUCAGCCCACUCGACGCUCUCAUCCCGGCUCCCAUUCCGGCCGACUUCCCGCCGCUCCCAAUCCCCUACGCGGAAGUGGUCCCCUCUUACGAGACCGCCAUCUCCAGCUCCCUCGAGCUCCCCGCGCAAGUGCUGGCGCAGGCCCGGCCCAUCGCGAUCCCAACCCCCUUAUCGCCUUUGCAGCGCCGCGCGCUCUCCCCCACGAACACAACCGCUAGCUCGCCCAAUUUCCGCAUUUCGCGCGCGUUAAGCCCUUCCAGCCCCUCGAGCUCCAGCAGCCUGGCCGGGUCUUCGGGCCCUCCCUCGCCUGGGCUCUCCGAUGGCCCUGGGGCGGAGUCUCCGCGGCGCCGCUUCGCGUUCAUGUCCCUCUUCCACGGGCACGGGCACGGGAACGGGGGGAGGUCGCGCGGAAGCACGGUCUCUGGACUGCCGUCGCCCACGCUCUCGCUCUUCCCCGACAGCCUGUCGCCGUCCCCGGGGCCCUCCGGAUCGCGAGCGUUCCACCGGCCGUCGCACUCUUCGGGGUCGAUGUUAAAUCUGCUUUCGCGCUCCUAG